AUGGGUUGCACCGCCUCGAAGAUGGAGCACGCAGUGACGGAUGACAUCAACGGCAGGGCCGACAUCGAGGAGGCACGCGCGGAGAACCAAGCGCUCAAGGACGAGAUCCAGGCGCUCAAGGACGAGAUCCAGGCGCUCAAGGCGGGGACGCCGGACGACUCCGACAAGUGUGGCACUUCGCGCUACAUCAAGGCCGAUGCGCUCGUGAACAAGGUGCAGGAGCUCAAGGACGAGGUCCAGUCGCUCAAGGCGGGGUCGACGCCGGACGGCUCCGACAAGCUUGGCACUUCGCGUGACGUCGACGCGCAGCCCGCCACGAAGUGGGGCGUCUCCGCCUGGGUGCGUUCCAUCGAGCUCACCGAGGUGGUGGCCAAGGCGCUGAAGGCGCCGGCCGGAGCCGACCCGUUCAAUUACGUGUGCAACCUCUCGCUCGCCGACCUCGAGGGGAAGCUCGAGGCGGAGAAGCUGAGCGGGCUCGUUGCUCCCCUCUGGUCCGCCAUUGAGAAGCUGCGCGACCAAAGCGCCGCGACCGGGGCGGCGCUGAACGCCAAGUUCGCCGCGGAGGGCGACGCGUUCAAGGGCGAGAUGGGCUUCGGCGGCGUCGAGCAGUUCUACGGAGGCGUGCUGCACGCCAGUAGCUUACCUAUCCUACCCGCCCACUCUUACCAGCGACCCCCGUCCCCUGACUUGUGGGCAGGCCUCGAGAAGAUCAUCGGGCCGCCGCUCAUGGUGGACGGCUCGCUCCUCAAGGCCAUGGAGACGGAGCACUGCGAGAAGAAGGAUGCGGACGUGCCGUUCGACACCUCCAACGGCAUCAAGGGCGCGACCUCCAAGCUGGAGUGGGAGUUUGUCGUCGCGCCUGUCGAGGACCAGGACGGCCGCUACGCCGAGCGCGGCGGCGACUUCCGCACGGCCCACCCCGAGUGGUGCCGCAAGCCGGAGCCGCUCUCGGUCUACGAGAAGAAGAUGGCGGACGAGAUGAACCCGAAGCUCGUUAAGGCGGGGCAGGCGCCGCUCACCAAGGAGGAGCUGGUCGCCGGCCGGCUGUACACGGGGCCGAUGUACGAGAAGUACAACGGCGUCCUUCGCUUCUCCUCAGCGCGCGGCGCCAACGGCGCGGUGCGGCUGGAGUACGCCUCGGAGAAGGAGGUGCCCUUUCUGCAGAAGAAGUGCGGCUUGCUUAACCUCGGCGAGUGGGCUGCGACGGCGGCGGGCAAAGGCGAGGCCGCGGUGCGCUGGACGUGGCACAACCAGUACUCGACCACCAUCCACGCGAUCAACUCGAUCAUUGUCAAGCUGUCGCCGCUGACCAAGAUCACGCCGCUCUACCGCGGCUGGGCGGGCGCCACGCUCCCGGAAGCCUUCUUCAAGCCGGACGCGCUGGGCUUCCGCGGCGGCGUCGAGUACGGCUUCUCGUCGACCACCACCGACCGCGCGCAGGCGGUGCACUACGCGGAGGGCAAGGCGUCGACGGUGCUCGAGCUCGGGAUGGGCAUGAUCGACCGCGGCGCCGACAUUGCGUGGCUCUCGCAGUACCCGCACGAGAGGGAGACGCUGCUGCCGCCGCUCAUGGGCCUGCAGGUGCGGUGGACGGGCGUGGAGGGCAGCACGCUCGUCAUCCAGAGCAGCUUCUCCAUCAACAUGGCCUCGCUCACGCUCGAGCAGGUGGCGGGCAAGCGCAAGAAGCUGCUCACCGACAUGGGCGCGCAGAUGGCGGCGGAGGUGCGCCGGGGGGUGGCUGGGGAGGCAGCGGAGGAGGCGUCGCAACUUGUGCGCGCCCACCUCGGCCUCGAGCGCGGCGCGGACGCCGGUGCGGCGGACACGCGUCUCGAGGCGCCGCUCGGCGACGAGGCUGAGGCGUACAACAACGACCUGCGCUUCCAAGCGGCGGUGGGCGAUGCGCUCAAGGUGAAGCGCGCGGCGGUGCUCGCGGCGACGAUGCAGCACGGCGGCGGCAGCGGGCUUGCCGCGGCGAUGGAUACGGUACUGCCGCUGCAGGCCAGCGGCGUCGAUUUGACGGGGUUCCCCCUUGGGACUACCGGCUGGAUCAAGGCGAGCGAGGUCGAGGGCGAGUCCAAGGAGGUCGGGGCGAAGGUGAUCUACCAGGGGCGCGAGAUGGUCGUGAGCACGGGCGUGACUCGCGACUCCGAGGACGAGGAGGACGGCAAACUGAAGCUGGUCGAUGACGGGAUGGUGGGAACGGUGGUCGCGUGGAUGGAGUCGGAGCCGUCGGCGCUGACGUCGCUGACGCUCGACUGGGGCAAGGUGUGCGGCCGCGUGCGGGAGGCGCUGCUCGGCGCGGUGCGGAAGACGCACACGCUCGUCGCGCUGAGCGUGGGCGAGGAGGGGGCGAUGCCGCUCAACCCGCUGCAGCUCCGCGGGCGCGAGGCGGUGCCGUCGCUCGACUUGUCGAGCAAGGACCUCGGACCCGCAUCGGCUGCGGUCGUCGCGGCGGGGGUUUCGGUCAACGGGGUGCUGACCGACCUGAACCUGUCGAACAACAACAUCGGCGGCGAGACCGGCUACAUCAAGGCGAGCGAGGUCGAGGGCGAGUCCAAGGAGGUCGGGGCUAAGGUGAUGUACCAGGGGCGCGAGAUGGUCGUGAGCAAGGGCGUGGACUCCGACGGCGACCUGAAGCUGGUCGAUGCAGUGCAGACGGGCGUACUCGCGAUCGCCAAGGCCCUCGAGGUCAACGGGGUGCUGAAAACCCUCAACCUCAUGUACAACGAGAUCGGCGACGAGGGCGCGGCCGCGAUCGCCGGGGCGCUGCGCGGCAACGGGGUGCUGACCAACCUGAACCUAUUCUACAACAGCAUCGGCGACGAGGGCGCCGCCGUCCUCGGCAAGGCGCUCGAGGGCAACGGGGUGCUGACCACCCUCAACCUCGAGUACAACAGAAUGGGGGAGGAAGGGAAGGGAGCGAUUCGAGAUGCGGUGAACGGGCGGGAAGGGUUCAAGCUCGAGAUCGAGCUGGCUUUCCGGCUCCUCGCUCGGCGGCACAGCGCGCAGCUAUGCUACACGCCGAUGAUCCGGUCCGAGGAGUUUGCCGUCCCGCUGCUGGAGGGAGCUCUGUUGUAA